CAGGUAUAAUCUGGCUCGCUUGUUCAGCCCAGAAAGACUGCUAAUCAAAUCGACUUCAUCAUUAUUACAAAGACCGAGAAGUUCCCAGGGUGAGUGAAGCUCUGGAGCUCGACACCAAUGGGCUUCCUGCUGCGAUGGGGGAGGCUGGUUUGCUGGCCUCUCUUAGGUUACCUCAGCCUUUUCGGGCCUCAGGGAGCCGAGGCCCAGUUCCCACGAGCGUGUAUGACUGUGGAGAGGCUGCAGUCCAAACAAUGCUGCCCGGCUUUGGGGACUAAUCCUGACAACGUGUGUGGUUCGCAGCAAGCUCGAGGGGUCUGUAAGGAGGUGCAAGUGGACACCAAGCCUUGGGGUGGACCCUACACGCUCCGCAACGUGGACGAUCGGGAAAGAUGGCCACUGAAGUUCUUCAACAGGAGUUGCCAGUGCACAGGAAACUUUGCCGGCUACAACUGUGGGGACUGCAAAUUUGGCUGGGUGGGGCCCAACUGUGAUGAAAAGAAGCCUCCAGUCAUCCGGAAGAACAUUCACGCUUUGACCGAAGAUGAGCGGGAACAGUUCUUAGAUGCGCUAAUCCGUGCAAAGUCAACGGUUCACCCAGACUAUAUGAUUGCAACCCAGCACUGGAUGAGCCUGCUCGGUCCCAAGGGAAACGACCCGCAAGUCACAAACUGCAGCAUUUAUGACUACUAUGUGUGGCUUCAUUAUUACUCCGUCAGAGACACUUUAUUAGGACCAGGCCGCCCCUUCACAGCAAUAGACUUCUCCCAUCAAGGCCCUGCCUUUGUUACUUGGCAUAGGUAUCAUUUGCUACUGCUGGAAAGAGAUCUGCAGAGGAUGAUUGGCAAUGAGUCCUUUGCAUUGCCUUACUGGAAUUUUGCUACGGGCAGAAAUGAGUGUGACGUGUGCACUGAUCAGCUUCUUGGGGCAUCAAGACCAGAUGACCCAAACCUAAUAAGUCGGAAUUCAAGGUUUUCACAGUGGGAGACAGUAUGCAAUAGUUUGGACGAUUACAACCGUCUGGUUACAUUAUGCAAUGGGACGAGUGAAGGGCUUCUGCGGAGGAACCCAUUCAGCAAAGCUGGAGAUCGGCUGCCGACCAUGGAAGAUGUUCAGAACUGUCUCUCUCUUCAGAAUUUUGACAAGCCUCCUUUCUUUCGGAAUUCUAGUUUUAGCUUCAGGAAUGCUUUGGAAGGUUUUGAUAAACCAGAUGGAACCUUGGACAUGCCAGUCGCAAGUCUCCAUAACUUGGUCCACUCUGUCUUGAACGGGACCGGUGCUCUUCCUCAUUCUGCCGCUAAUGAUCCCAUCUUUGUGGUCCUCCACACCUUUACGGAUGCUAUUUUUGAUGAAUGGAUGAAACGAUUUCGCCCACCUGACAGUGCGUGGCCUCAGGAGCUGGCGCCCAUUGGCCACAACCGAAAGUUCAACAUGGUGCCCUUCUUCCCUCCCAUUGCCAACGAGGAGGUGUUUCUAACCGCAGAGCAACUUGGCUACAACUAUGCCAUUGACCUGCCAGAUUCGGCUCAAGAGGCCCGCGCUUGGGCUCUUAUGGUUGGAUCCACCAUUGGAGGAGCUCUGAUCGCCUUAACUGUGCUGGUCCUUCUGCUUGUCCUCUUCCAGCACAGGAGGCACAGGAAAGGUUUCGAGCCUCUAAUGAAUGCGAGGUUCAGUGUAAAGAAAUAUACUGAAGACCCCUAAAGGAGGAGGAGUGUUUUUGUAAGUAGCCAAGUGGUCCACAUUGACCAUUUGUUGAACUAGGAAC